AUGGCAAUUCCAGACAAGCGCGAUAAUGCAAGGGCAUACCGUAAAUUCAUGCGCACAAAGCAUUAUACUGGAUGCUCAGACGAGGAUCGUCACCAGGCCGUGAACCACGCGAUAUAUUCAGGGUUCACACGUCCACAGUGGCUCGUCGACGUACGUCCCAGAUACUUUGUAACUUUGAUUGAACAGAAAACGCUUACUCCAAACUCGCCAAUGUUCAAGGCAACAAGUGCAUCAGGUUCAGCAACAACUGGUACAACGGACACGACGAGACCGCUGCCAGAUACAAUCGCACCGUCACCGGGCGACGUGCCCAAUGAGACUGACGGCAAGGCCUCUUUGAAGAAGAAGACAAAGAAAAAUAAGAGCGCCAACACUGAGAGCCAGAAUCCAGAGAAUACGGACACCAUCGUGCCCUCUCGCAAACGGGGACGACCGCGCAAAGCUCCCGGUGCUCCCAAGGCCCCUUACAACAGGAAGGUUCCCAUGGCCCCUUACAACAAGAAGACUCCCAAGCCCAGUCGCGGCAGCACUAUACCAGCAGUGCAACAACCAUUGCCACCGCGUUCUCCCAGCAGCUCAGAGGAAGAACCGCAGAAGAAACGCGUCGCCAAAUAG